AAGACAAUCCUCUCGAUAGUAACAACCUCGACACCUUUUAUCACUUCGCUGACCAAGCACCUCCGCAAAACUCCCCGCGAAGCAAAUCCAGGAGUAUCAACAAAAGCUCGGCUGCCUACUAUUCGCAGCACCUGCUGGAUGAGGUGCGGAGGAGCAGAGGAGCGGCGGAGGAGAGAAGCGGAGGAGGAGAGGAGCGGAGGAGCAGAGGAGCAGAGGAGCGGAGGAGGAGAGGAGCGGAGGACGAGAGUAGCGGCGGAGCAGAGGAGCGGAGGAGCAGAGGAGCGGAGGAGGAGAGGAGCAGAGGAGGUACGCUGCGGAGGAGGAGAGGAGCGGCGGAGCAGAGGAACGGAGGAGCAGAGGAGCGGAGGAGCAGAGGAGUGCAGGAGGAGAGGAGCGGAGGAGCAGAGGAGCGGAGGGGUAGAGGAGCGGAGGAGGAGAGGAGCAGAGGAGGAACAAUGCGGAGGAGGAGAGGAGCAGCGGAGCAGAGGAGCAGAGGAGGAGAGGAGCAGAGGAGGAGAGGAGCGGAGGAGCAGAGGAGUGGAAGAGAAGAGGAGCGGAGAAAGAGAGGAGAAGAGGAGGAGAGGAGCGGAGGAGGAGAGGAGCGGAGGAGGAGAGGAGCGGAGGAGGAGAGGAGCGGAGGAGGAGGGUAGCGGCGGAGCAGAGGAGCGGAGGAGGAGAGGAGCGGAGGAGCAGAGGAGCGGAGAAGCAGAGGAGCGAGGAGGAGAGGAGCGGAGGAGGAGAGGAGCGGAGGAGGAAAGUAGCGGCGGAGCUGAGGAGCGGAGGAGGAGAGGAGCGGAGGAGCAGAGGAGUGGAGGAGCAGAGGAGCGGAGGAGUAGAGGAGCGGCGACGCAGAGGAGUGGAGGAGGAGAGAAGCGGAGGAGGAGAGUAGCGGCGGAGCAGAGGAGCGGAGGAGCAGAGGAGCGGAGGAGGAGAGGAGCAGAGGAGGUACGAUGCGGAGGAGGAGAGGAGUGGCAGAGCAGAGGAGCGGAGGAGUAGAGGAGCGGAGGAGGAGAGGA